CUGUCACUUCCAUCAAGUCAAGGACUGUACAGCCUCUCCAAGCGCGCGCAUUAUACAGCCAAACCAUAGUUAUUGUCCUCCUUCCUCCCGUUUAUUUAAGUUUCCCUUUGCUGUAUCCGUGCAGCUUGUCUUUUUUUUCUUUUGGGAGCCUGAAAGACACCCCAGACCUGCGCUCGCUUCAGCAUGCGCUUGGCGCACGGAGCGCACUCUUGGCGAGCGCUUCAUCAUCAGGCGCAGGGAUGAUGUUCAACUCAUCGGGCUCGUUAGAUUUCUUCUCGUUCACUCACCCCGAGGUUGCGUCGGAAGUUCUCAAUGGUUCCUCACACUUAUUUUACAACAUCUCAAUGGCCAUGUGGAACAAAUCCUGCGGGGAACAAUUGCUCGAUUUCACCACAGCGGAGAAGAUUGUCAUCGGAACGAUGCUGGCCAUCAUCACCACCGUGACGGUUAUUGGAAAUAUGCUGGUGGUGAUCGCGGUGUGCGUCGUUAAAAAACUCAGACAGCCGUCCAACUAUCUGCUGGUGUCUCUGGCCGUGGCGGAUCUCUCCGUGGCUAUUGUGGUGAUGCCAUUCGUGAUCGUGACGGACCUCACGGGAGGAAAGUGGCUUUUUGGAGAGGUCUUCUGUAACAUCUUCAUCGCCAUGGAUGUGAUGUGCUGCACUGCAUCCAUCAUGACGCUGUGCGUGAUCAGUGUGGACAGGUAUCUUGGCAUCACCCGCCCUUUGACCUACCCUGCUCGACAAAAUGGCCAACUAAUGGCAAAGAUGAUCUUUGGUGUAUGGCUUGUGUCUGCUUCAAUCACACUGCCGCCAUUCUGUGGCUGGGCGAAGAACGUUAACACGGCUGGCGUUUGUCUAAUCAGCCAGGACUUCAGCUACACCAUCUACUCCACCGCCGUGGCCUUCUACAUCCCCAUGAUCGUCAUGCUCUUCAUGUACUACAAGAUCUUCAAGGCUGCCAGAAAAAGUGGUGCCAAACAUCGUUUUAAUGAUUUCUCCCGUCGGGGUCGCCUGGAAACCGUUGCCAGUGAAGCGCUGAGGAUGCAAGGUCUAAAACCCCAGCUCACGCCGGGUGUAGCCGAGGAGUGCGCUGCUCUUUCUCGCUUGCUCAGCCGUGAACGACAUAACAUCUCCAUCUUUAAGCGAGAGCAGAAGGCAGCUACAACACUGGGCGUCAUAGUUGGAGUUUUUGCCAUUUGUUGGCUGCCGUUUUUCAUUCUAUCUACAGCGAGACCAUUUAUAUGUGGGGUCAAGUGUAGUUGCAUACCAAUAUGGCUGGAGAGGACGCUGCUGUGGUUUGGAUAUGCCAACUCUCUAAUGAACCCAUUCAUUUAUGCUUUCUUCAACCGUGACCUACGCUCCACAUACAGAGACUUACUCCGUUGCAGGUAUCGGAACAUAAACCGCAGACUGUCGGCUGUAGGUGUGCAUGAAGCACUGAAGAUUUAAAAGUAGAGUGGUUUGGCCUAAAUUUGAUUUACAUGCAAUUCAGACAAGACUGAAUCAUUUUCAUUCAAGUAUGAUUUUGAAGCCAAACAGUGAGCAUCGCAACAUCCACUUAUUGGAUUUUUGAAGAAACAAUGGGAACAAAAGAGAGAAUUCAUAACCUCAUAGUCAUUCAGAAUACUCAUAUUUCAGUUCCAUUAGAGCAUCUGGUCAGUAAUUGUUUCAUUAUUAGUAUAGGUAUACUGUAUUAAGCCUGGUUUCAGUGAGAGUUAGCCCUACUAAAAAAUUAACAGAAAGUUCAGCACUGAUUCAUGAGACAUGAGUGAAGAAAUUGACUUUGUUGAAUUCAUAAAAAAAAGAGAAAAAAAUGCAAGUAAUGCAAAAUAAAUCAUUAAAACCUAUAUAAAUAUAAAAUAAAAUUAUAUUAGUUUUUAUUUUCUUAAUAUACUAAUAAUUCUGUUUUUAUGUACAUACAUUACUAUUAAAAAAUGAGAGGUUGUAAAUAAAUUAAUAUUUGUAUUCAGCAAGGACAUAUUUGAUUUGCUAAAAAGUGACAAAGAUAAGUAAAAAUCUUUAUUAUUUCAAAUAAAUAGUGAAAAUUAAAAUAAAUGCCACAGUUUCCACAAAAAUAUCAAGCAGCACAACUGUUAUCAACAUUGACAACAAUAAGAAACAUUAUUAACAUUAUCAUUAUGUAACACUGAAGACUAUAGAAGAAGAUAAAUGGUGACUGAAAAUUCAGCUUUACCAUUACAUAAAAAAGAAGAAAAUGUAAAAUAUAUUACAAUAAUAAAAAAAAUUGUAAUAAUAUUUAACAAUCAAAUAAAUGCAGUCUUGGUGAGAGAUAAUAGACAUUCUUUCAGAAACAUCAAAAAUAAAAAGAAAUCUUCUGACCCUAACCUUUUGAACAAUAGUGUAUUGAUUUAUGGUCUUAUGACAGUGAGCUAUAAUUGAUUGUUAUACUUUUAAUAAAAUGGUAGCUUUGUAUAAAGAACAGUGGCUAUUGGCUAUUUUCAAAACAAAUGAAACUAUGGUUCAUGUUUUGGCCUCAUCUCUCAAGAAUCAGUCUGAAUCAAUUAUAUAUUUUCAUUUUGAAAUAUAGAGUAAAUUCUGGUGAAUAGGGACACUUUAAAUGGACAAAUGUGGCCAAUAUUACCUUAAUGAACCCUAUAUUUAAUCAAUGUUUGUGCAGCUUGCACUAAAAUAAUGAUAUCCUAUAAUAUCCUUCUAUACAUUAACAUUACGUUUGCCAUUUCCAUCUAUAAAUUCACAGUAAGCAGCUCAUUUUUGCUGUCAUAAAAUUAUGGGGUGUGAUUAUAAAUAAUGAUGUCCUUUAAUAUCCUUCUAUACAUUUACAUUACAUGUUUGCCAUUUCCAUCUAUAAAUUCACAGUAAGCAGCUCAUUAUUGCUGUCAUAAAAUUAUGGGGUGUGAUUAUAGGGAUGCUCUUGGCUGUUACCUUCUCAUCAUAACAAUAGAUUCCACAAUGUGGAACAAAAUGUAAAUCUUUACGCCUGCCUCCUUCGUGUUUAGCCAGUCAUUGGUUCAUUUAUCUGCAGUAGGCAAAGAUCAUGUUCAUUUCCCUCCACCUGUGAGUGUUCUGAGAAAGUAUGCAGUAAAGCAGAUUUUCUGUACAUAUCUGGCAACCGAGUCUCCAGAGGAGGAAAAAUAAGGGCUUGUGGGCAGUUGUCACUAUGAGGCUUGACUGAUAUUGGAAAUCCAUCAGAACAUGUGUGUGUGUGUAAGUGUGAAUCUCUGCCUUGAGACAACAAGAGACAGGAUACUCACCUUGCUUUUCCGAUGACUCAGUCCAUCUAUUUUAAGAACUUGAACAAGGAAUAGCCGGCUGUCUUUGAUGGAACAUCUGACUCCGCCAGCCAUUGUGCAUAUGCUCUGGCAUGGUCAAUUUUGUACCCUUUUUUGACCUGAUGUGGCAAUUGAAAAAGACUUUCAAUGCCUUUAAGUGUCUCUUCAACCAUGAAUGAUGAAACUCAUGGUAAGUAACAUUAACUGAAGUCUUGUGAAAUCUUGUGUUAAUGACUCUUAAAAGAUAAAUUAUUGACUGAACAACUUGACGUGGUUGUUUACACACAGGAGUGUUCCUGGUGUACAGUUCUAUAUGUAUGUUGCCAAGUCUUUGUGAGAAGCUUACAAAGCGUUUCUAGUCACAGAUUUUAACCCUGCACCAGAAAUGUUGAAAUUGCCUGUGCAUUUUUGUGUAUUAACUUUUCCCAAGUUAAAGUGUUUUGUCAAGAUUGUUGAUGUAAAACAAAGCAGAAAGGAAAACAAAGAGAGCUAAGAAAUGCAAUAAAUUGGAAAAAAAGAAAAUUAGGUACUUAUUUGACAAUUUUGAAUUUUGAUCAAAGUGUCUCCAGAAUCAAAAUACCUGAGGGUUGUACAUGAUCUAUCUCUUGCACUGAUUUGUUGUACAUGACAACAAUGGCUGGAUAUUUAACAACUGCUGUAUAACUUAAUUAAAAAAUGUAUUUUGUUCAUGGUUGCCAGAAACCAAAGGCUGUCAGUUACUGGUACAGUUGUAAAAUACAAUAUAAAUUGAUUAUAUAUUGGAAACACUUCAAAGGGAAAAUUAAGCCAAAUAUGAAAAUUUGCUGAAAAUGUAUUCACCCUCAGGCCAACCAAGUUGUAUAUGAGUUUGUUUUUUUUCCAUCAGAACAGAUUUGGAGCAAUUUAACAUUACAUCACUUGCUCUCCACUGGAAACAAACUCAUCUUGGAUGGCCUGAGGGUGAGUCAAUUCUCAGCAAAUGUUCAUUUUUGGGUGAAUUGUUCCUUUAAAGGGUUAGUUCACCCGGAAAUUAAAAUUCGUCCAUCUUCUACUCACCCCUGAAGCAUCCUAAGUGUA